AUGUCGUUCCCACAGCCUAAUCUGGCGGCGAAUUCAAAGGAGCAUAUCGACGAAGUGAAAGAGAAUAUAUCUCUUACUCCCACGGGAGAGGACAAUGGAAGUGCUAAUCAUCUUGAUACUGUUGCCCAGAUAUUGAUGGACCCGGAGGAGAUUGAAUACACGGCCGAGGAACAUCGAAAGCUUCUGCGAAAGAUUGACUGGCGCAUCGUCCCACUCGCUGCUUGGGCCUGCGGUCUACAGUUUGUGGACAAGUCUGGUCUUGGUGCUGCCGCCACAUACGGUCUUCGUGAUGACCUCCAACUCGUUGGCCAGGAGUACUCUUGGCUUUUUGAAUCAUGCCUUGUUCCUGGACUAUUACUUGUCACAACCAUGUGGUACACACAAGAGGAACAACCUCUCCGAUUCGGCUUAUGGACAAUGACGAACGGUGCUCUUCCGGUGCCCUUCUUGGUUAUCUACUACGGGCUCGGACACGUUACAACUGGGCCUAUAACAUCUUGGCGACUCAUUUUCCUCACCAUUGGGCUACUGAGUAGUUUGACAGGGGUGCUUAUGUUUCUUUUUAUGCCCGAUGCACCCCAGUCUGCACAAUGGCUCAAUGAGCGAGAAAGGGCUAUAGCUGUCAAGCGUGUGGCUCAGGCCCAACUUGGGCUUAAAAACACCCACUUUAAAUGGGAGCAGGUGCAGGAAACACUGAAAGAUCCACAUGCGUGGCUAUUGAUCUUACAGAUGUUUUUCUCCCAAACUGCGGGGAGCGUGACAACGAAUUUUCUCGGCAUUGUGAUCAAGGGAUUUGGGUACACUGCAUUGAAAGCACAACUAUAUACUGCUCCCAAUUACGCUGUUCAGGCCGUGGUGCAACUCCUAGUUUCUGGUCCCCCGACAUUCUUCGCCUUCUUCCGCAACAAGAAGCAGCCACUCGCAGCUCUAGCCAGUAUUGUUGGAGUGAUAGGUAUCAUCAUUCUAUACGUCACUCCCCCCGAAGACCGAUAUCAAAACCGUCGGCUCGCAGGUUGCAUUAUAAUCUCAGCUUCCGGUGUCAACUAUACAGUGAUCAUGUCUAUAAUUGGGGCCAACUUUGUAGGAUUCACGCGAAAACAGACAGUUACAUCGGCCGCCUUUUUCCUCUACUGCGUCGCUAAUAUUGUCACACCUCAAACCUUCCUGGGAGCGGAAAGCCCUCGAUAUCAUACUGGGCUGGCGUUCGUGCUAGCAUGUCUUUCGGUAUAUAUUGCUCUCUCCACGACUACAUGGGUAAUCAUGCGAUUGGAGAAUAAUCGCCGAGAAUCGCGCGCCCGGGAAAACCCUGAGUAUAUCAGUAACGGAGAGGGACUAAGUGUACUGUCCGGACUUGGAGACCAGACGGAUCUUCAAAAUAAGCGCUUC